AUGGAGGAUGCUAAAGAUUUCAAAGAACAUGGUCCUCCUGAAUCUUCUCUUGGACCAAUAUUAUCCUCUCCAGACAAGGAUCAAUCAUCUAAUGCUUCUCUGACAAACCAAGAUGGUAAUGGAGAAGUGGAAUCUGACACUCGGGAGCCACUGAUCGAUGUUUUUAAACCAGAUCCUUUAGAUGAUGCUUUUGAUGACGAAAGUCCAAAACUUCUGUCAGAAAAUCCGUUUGCCACUUCUAAUGUUCCUGCUGACGGAAUAUGUUCAGAACAUAACUUUGGCGUACCUGUAGUAGUUUCACAAGAAGCCACACUCGUAAAAUCAGAGAAUGAAGUACAACUGGUGUAUCAGGAAGUUAAGAAUUCAAUAAUUCUUUUGGAAUCGAAUUCAUUUACAUUGGAAACAAAUGCCCAUGAUGCUUCACCAAAAUCUUUAGGUAGUGCUCUUGAUAGUCAUAAUGUUGAAGAAAAUGAUGCUUCUAAGGGGCCUCGAGUUGAGCAUGAGGCCUCAAUUGCAGUAGCUAUGGAUCAGGACACAAUUAAGCCUCAGAAAGAAGAAAAUUUAGAAGCCAAAAUUGUAUUGCAGCCAUCGUCAGAAGAAGAUAAUAAAAAUUCAGCUCAAACAAGGAAUGAUACGGUUGCUACUCUUAUUACUGAAGUUUCUGUUAAUUCUGACAUGACAACAAAAGCCACGGAAUGCGAUAAACAGCCGGGAAAUAUUGAGCUGAAUUUUGUCCAAAUCGAUACAGCUGCACCUUUUGAAUCUGUUAAGGCUGCUGUUUCGAAGUUUGGGGGAAUUCUUGAUUGGAAAGCCCACCGAGUGCAUACUAAGGAGAGACGAAAGUUCAUAGAAAUAGAACUGGAGACAGCCAAGGGGGAGAUUCCGUUGUAUAAAAAACAAGUUGAGGAUGCUGAAGUGGCUAAGAUACAAGUUUUAAAAGAACUAAACAGCACUAAAAGACUCGUAGAAGAUUUGAAGCUUAAUCUGGAAAGAGCACAAACAGAAGAACAUCAAGCAAAACAAGAUUCUGAACUCGCAAAACUUAGGGUGGAAGAGAUGGAGCAAGGGAUUGGCGAUGAGGCUAGCAUUGCAGCCAGGGCACAGCUUGAGGUUGCUCGAGCCAGGAACGCAGCCGCGGUUUCAGAGCUUAAAACUGUUAGAGAUGAAUUGGAACAACUAAGGAAAGAUUACACUUUGAUGAUAACUGAGAAGAAUGCUGCAGUGCAGAAAGCGGAAAAAACUGUUUCUGCAGCAAAAGAAGUUGACAAAUCGGUGGAGGAUCUGACAAUUGAACUCAUUUCAGCAAAGGAAUCAUUGCAGUAUGCACAUGAUACACACCUAGAGGCAGACGAACACAGAGUUGGAGCAGUUGUGGCAAAAGUGGAAGACACUCUGAAUUGGGAGAAGGAAUUAAAGGAGGCAGGUGAUGAGUUAGAGAAACUAAACCAGCGAAUGUCAUUGGCCAAGGAUCUGAAAUCAAAAUUGGAUACUGCCUCGGGAUCACUACAGGAUUUAAAAGCUAAAUUGGCAGCUUAUAUGGAAUCAAACUCAAAGCAGGAAACUGUUGAAGAAGCUAACCUGACAGAUGCACUGGAAGAUCCAGAGACAAAAACACAUGGUUUUAUUAAAACAGCUGUUGCCUCUGCUGAGAAGGAACUUAAAAACACGAAGCUCAACAUUGAGCAAGCAAAAACUGAAGCUAACAUCUUGAAGGUGGAAUCCACAUCAUUGAAGUCAGAACUGGAGAAAGAAAAAUCAGAAAUUGUCAUGUUUCAACAGAGAGAAGGAAUGGCGUCAAUUGCAAUUGCAUCUCUUGAAGAUGAGCUGAGAAGGAUAAAGUCAGAGAUUGUCAUUGUUCAGAAGAAGGAAAAAGAAGAAAGAGAUAAGAAGAUGGAACUUCUCAAGAAACUUCAAGAGGCAGCUCAAGAUGCAGAGAGGGCAAAGACACUUGCCCAAUUGGCUCAAGAACGGCUUCAGGAGGCAAAUGAAGAAGCUGAAGAAGCAAAAGCAGUAGCAAGUACCAUGUUAAGUAGAUUACCUAUGGCUCAAAAGGAAAUAGAAUCAGCUAAAGCUUCAGAAAAAGUGGCAUUAGCAGCUAUCAAUGCUUUGCAAGAGAGUGAAUCUGCUACCAACGAUGAGGAUUCACCUGCUGGUUUAACACUUUCUUUAGAAGAAUAUUAUGAUCUUAACAAGCGGGUCCAUGAGGCAGAAGAGCUAGCUAACAUGAAGGUGGCUGCGGCUAUCUCCCAAAUUGAGGUAGCGAAGGAGUCUGAGUUAAGGAGCUUGAGUAAUCUGCAGGAAGUAGAUCGUGUGAUGGCUGAAAGAAAGGAUGCUCUAGAAGUUGCACUAAACAAGGAUGAGAAAGCCAAGGAAGAAAAGUUAAGAGUAGAACAGGAGUUAAGAAAUUGGAGGGCUGAGCAUGAGCAAAAACGGAAAGUUGAGAAAUCUGUUCCAGGCGGGGUAAACCCAAAUGGAACUCCAAGAACAAGCUUUGAGGAAAAAAAUGAACCUGAGAAUUUGGUUAGCACAACUAAUAUUCAGCUUGAGGAUGGUCCUAAUCCAGAUACGGAUAACACAGAAACUGAUUCAUCGCGAGAAGUAAAAGCUACCCAUAAAAAGAAAAAAUUCUUCCCACGGAUCUUCAUGUUCUUUGCGAGAAAGAAGGUACUGUCAUCUAAGUCGAAGUAA